CCGCCGCAUGUGUGAGUGUGUUUAUUAUUUUCCUUUCAUUACGAGAAAAGUCGCUCCAACGACGACGAUGUGCAACGCGUAAUUUUCACCAGCCCCCAGUAUUUCGAGGAAAACUGCUGAUAAGCCAUCAGAAAUCGGCCUACGCUUGCACUUUUCCGCCCCUGCUCGUCCGGAAUACUAUGGCCAUAUCGUUGUUCCAGUGGAAUAAAGUGCUAAAAAUUGGAGGCUCCCGUGAAAAGUGGUCGUUGAUUGUUGUGAUUCGCUACUCCGACCGUGAACUAGGCAGCGACUAUUGAUAGACGACGGGCGGCAGCAGAAAAUUUUCAAGGUCACACAGCUGCGGCGUCGGCGAACUACGAAUCAGUGAACCAAUCGGAACGGAACAAUAAUGGACUCUACCGGAGACGCCGGCAAGGAGGACGACGACGAGAGUUCGUCCUCUUUGGAAGUGGUGGCAUCGCCCCCGGAACGGAAGGGUAGCAGCUCCGAAAUGAUUCAAUCGGCUCUGGAUGAGUUCCGUGUCAAAUGGCAGCAGGAAUUGAAGAAAGAUGGUGGGUCCCCCUCGGGUGGGUCCCCUCUGAGGGAGAAGCCUCGCUCCGGCGGUGGUAGCAAUGCCAGCUUGCAGAAAGAUAAGGAAAACGUAUCGAUUGAGCAACAGGCGCGAGCGUUGUUUCUGCAAGGGUCGGAACUGGAACAUUCAGGCAAGGUUUUCGAAGCGAUGCGACUCUACCGGAAGGCUGUGCAAUUGGUACCGGAUAUUGAGUUUAAAAUCUACGACAUCACAAAGCAACAGGACCCGAAAUCCGCCGGCAUGGACCUAGAAAUCGAAAAACUCUCCAACGGAAUGACCCAAGUGGAUCUGGAAGAAGACGAAAAUUUGGAAAACGUCGAUCUGGUGUUUCGCUUCCAGUCGCUACUGUCCAAGUCCGGCAAGCUGUUCGAAAGUGCAUCGGCCGCCGAUAAGAUGCUGAUAGUGACGUCGGCGCACUUUUCCGACCUCCCGAUGGAGGUGAUUCUGUACAUUCUGCGGUGGGUGGUGUCGAGCGAGCUGGAUCUCAAAUCGAUGGAACGUUUCGCCCGCGUCUGUCGGGGAUUCUACCUGCUGGCAAGGGAUUCGGAGAUUUGGAAACGGGCAUGCGUGAGGCUAUGGGGUGUCAAUGUUGGCCACCUGAAGGGAUCGCCCUUCGGAACGUGGCGCGAGAUGUACAUCAACCGGCCUCGGGUCCACUUCCACGGAUGCUACAUCAGCCGGACCAGCUACCUGCGCUACGGCGAGAACAGCUUCCAGGAUCAAUUCUAUCGGCCGGUUCAGCUGGUGGAGUACUACCGGUACUUUCGGUUCUUUGCCGACGGAAAAGUGCUGAUGCUUACCAGUGCCGAGGAACCACAGGUUUGCGUUGGUAGGCUUAAGAAUCGGUACGCGCUUCAGGCCGAGACCCUUCAUGGACACUACAGAUUGCACAACGAUGAAGUGAUCAUUGCGGUGCAGCGUAAUCGGUCCAACAUCCAGAAUCAACGUCCGGGGCGCAAGAAGGAGAUUACGGGAGAAUACGGUCAGCAGACGUUCUACCUUGAGCUGAACAUUGUGAGCAGCGCAAAGCGGGCCUACUCGCAGCUGCACUGGAAGCAGUAUUCGAUGGUUCAAACGCGCAACGACCAAGAGAAAACCACGCUCUUUGAGUUGGCACCCAAUAAAUAUCCGCCGCUUUACUUUUCGCGCGUCAAGAGCUACCACCAGGAGUCGGAAGGCCCCCUCAAGUAGAUUCGCAGUUGCAUCUUUACAAACACACACACAGUGACAACAAGGUAAGGAACGAAAGUGAUUAUUGUUUUCAGAAUCUUACAUUAUUGCUAUUGAUGGUUUAUUUCCACAUAAAAUGUGCUUAAUAUUACCCUAAAACAAAGCGACACAAUCAAGUGUCUUUGAAAACCUAG